GAGGGGCUCUGAGCGCGGGGCCCGACGGUCCGGAAAGCUGGAGCGGCUGCUGCUGGCGGGGGAACAUGUCGGAGUCAGAGCUCGGCCGGAAGUGGGACCGGUGUUUGGCGGACGCCGUCGUGAAGAUAGGUACUGGCUUUGGAUUAGGACUUGUUUUCUCACUUACCCUAUUUAAAAGAAGAAUGUGGCCAUUAGCCUUUGGCUCUGGAAUGGGAUUGGGAAUGGCCUACUCCAAUUGUCAGCAUGAUUUCCAGGCUCCGUACCUUCUACAUGGAAAAUAUGUCAAAACCUCUCUCCCAGGAGAUAUGCGACAGAGGUUUUAUGACCCUCGUUCAGCAGAUGAGAAAACUGAACUUUACCGAGGUUAGGAACUUGCCAAAGCUCCAAGCACUAGUAGGCUGUUUGAUUGCAGGGCCGUGCUCUCUCCACCCACCUGGGACCCGUCCCUUUGAUGGGUUUUAGGAGUUGAGUUAUCCAGGGACCGCCUGUCAGUCCUCUCGUGUUCCUUUCCUGUCCCGCCUUCAGAGACUGAGGAGCCACUCACUCUGAAGAAGCUGGUGGGAUGCAGACGGUCCUCUUGUGAGUGAGACAGGUUUCAGGCAAACGUUGGUAGGGCCCUCUGCGUCUGCCCCGCAGCGGCGGGUUAGAGAGGCUCGUCAGAAGGCCGUGC